AUGUUCACCAUGACUGUCUCCAGUCUUUCCGAAUAUGUGACUAUGUACGUAACUGAGAUGCACUGCAAAAGGUUGGACUUUCGUUUAAAAGGUAAGUCAUGUGACUUGAAUGAGACAGGAAAACAUGCCCACCCAAAAGAUUACGGACCAAAAGCAGGAUUUAUCUACAUGGAUGUGUCUGAAUCAUCCAAGGUUUGUCCUUUUCAUGCAUUCCCAAUGUUUGUUCGUUUGAUUGCGAAAAAAUCUAUACUGUAAUGAUUUACCUCUAUUUCACUCUCUCUCUCUCUCUCUCUCUCUCUCUCUCUCUCUCUCUCUCUCUCUCUCUUUGGAAAAAUAAACAUGUUAGGAUCAAUACUGAAUUCAAGUUCGUCGCUCGACACAAAAAACAAACGAUACAUUUUUUUCCUUUAUUUUUUCUUUCAAAUUGAGAAAACUAGCAAAAGUUUUUUUUUAUUAUUAUUUUUUUUAUUUGCUUCCAGUCUUGUGCAGUAAUACAGCAAGAAUGGCCUCAGGUAGAAAGUGAAUAUCACUGGAUAACGAUUGGGAGCAGAGAAGUUCAGGUUUAUUGUGAUAUGACGAACAACGGUAAGCCCCAAGUCAAAUAAUUUCUCUCAGUCACGAUUUCACAUUUUUAUCAGAAAUUUACCAUAAAUAAGUUAAGCCUAAGAAUCUUUUGGAACAUAAAUGUUUUUAAUUCUUUGUUGUUGAGCUGUUUUCAGUUUUUUGUCAUCUUAUUCAAUCAAGUUCACCAAAGUAAAUCCCACUUAGUUAAUUGAAAAAGGGGAACUAAUCUUUUCCUACCGUCCACGCUGACAAGACUGAAACAUUACCCAAGAGCAGUCACUAUGAUCCACUGUGUUGGAUCUGGUAGCUAAUUCCAACCUACUUAACCAGUUUUGAUCUAGAAUAUAAGAGAUGACUGGUUAGAAAAGCUGGCAAAAAUCCAACUAAGAUGAAAACAAAUGUUCAGCCAAUUAAGAGUUAGGGUUUGGAACUCCCUGACCAUGCAAAAUGGUUAUUGUGUACGUGGUUGUUGUUGUUGUUGUUUGCGUUAUUUACUUACUUUACUCAGAUGUAUAUUUAUUUGUUCAGCUUAUGCGUUUUAUUCUUUUUCUUUUUUACACAGUCCUUAACUAAUUUAGCGAGAUGCUUCUAUUAGCUAUGCAGUUAAGAUUGUUUAAUGUUUAUUAUAUAUAAAUGUAAUGUUGAUAUACAUAGGUGGCGGUUAGACUUUGGUAAUGACCAUUAGCUCCAAGAGCAACGAUCACCUUCAAGGUGUUGAGGUACACUGUUUUAAACCCACAUUGUGUGUUCCCUUUGUCGAAAAGAACAACAUCAUCGAGGCGCGAAAAUUAGGAGACGAAGAUGUACACAAAAUGAUGCAUUUUGAAGGCAAGCUGUGAGCUGGAUUAAAGGCGAAAAGUUCAAUAAAUAAUUAAUUUUUAUACUGUUCGGAUCAGACUGCCCAAGAACAUUCUUAGAUACUCUAAAUCGUUAUCGUAGAAAUAAAAGAAGUUUUUAAUGUUAACACCUAUACAAUUAUAUGUUGGUCCACUUAGAGUUAUGAACUCUUGGGAGCAUCGAAUACAAUUAGCCGGGUUUUGCGUUCUACACUGUGUAUUCGCUUAACCUUCUAUUUUUGCUUCUACUGAAAAUCUCAAGAAAGGUAAUUGAAUGUAUGUAUGCCCAUAGAGAGCUUGGAGAUAUUUGGUCUAUGCAGACUCCAUUGCAAAUGAUUUCUCAUCUCUAAGCUUAACACUUUUUUUUCAAGAACUUUUAGAGUUGAUGUUUUGGAAAAGGAUGUUUCUUACACCGUUUUUUACCAGGUACUACAUAUAACAUGUUUGAGUUUAACUGCUAUUUCUUGUUGAAAACCAUGGGUAAUUAUGUAUAUCCUCUUUUAACUCAAUUUUAGAUACUAAGUGGCCAAGAAAAGUUUAACUCAACAUGCGCCUAUAGAACGUAAGCGCAUGUAAUAUUGUUCAGAACCAAAAUUGGCAUCUAGAAAGAAUAUUCAUUUUAGGUGAUUUUUGACUUAUUUGAACGUGAAAAUAAAUGGAAAUGAUAUAUUAGCCCAAGCUACUCAGUAAAAAUUAUAUUAAGCCAGUUGAUCAGUUAUUAUUCCUUUUGGCGGUCUUAUCUUACAGGUAGAGUUUGGUUACCUUUUCCUUAUUAUGAUCGUGAAUUUGACAUGAAGACAGAUGUUUUUGCGCAAACUGCGGUUUUCGACUAGAUAUCAGUAUAUUUCCAUUAUGUUGCUAAAAGAUGAUCAAUUACUAAGAAAAUGACUCUACCUUAUAAAAAUUGAUCCCGUGCAGGAAUUUUCUGGAAAUAACCCUCCUUCAUACCGUUUGCCUCCUUAAUACUCUCGUUUUUAGGCUAAAUCCAUGUUGAAUUCCCCAUCCGGAAAAUAGUUUUUUUAAUUGAAUUUACCACGUUCGACACCUCUUUUUCUCAGAGGUGACUUAAGGUGUAAACGUGUAGUACUUUUCAUCUUCCGCACUGAAUUUGUAAUCGAUAACUUACAAGGCUAGCUCGUAGCUCUUUUAGGGGCGGUACCUUGAGUACACCCUUUCCUCUCCGAAUUUUCUGUUUAUUCUGCCGAUAUGUACCUGUCUUCAAGAACAAUUUUCCCUUCAGAUAUCUUUUCAAGUAUGAUUUUAAUGCCGUCAGUAAGUUUAUAAUAAUUUUCUUUUGUCAAACUUGUUUUUGUUUCGCUCGACCUUGACCGUGAGACUAAGAAAUUAAGAUAGAAAGUCAUUUUGUAAAGCGUAAACAUCGCGAAGGUAUCUACCGAGUAUGCGAACUUCGCUCAGCGUAGCUUAGCGUGAUUCGCUAGUUAAGUGUAAAAGCAUAAAGAAGGUUAGAGAUUGACAGCUCAGUAAGCGUCACCUUUAGAAGCGACGACCCAUACUUUCCUCGAGAGAUCAGAGCUAGUCCCCGUUGUAUUAACUUGCGUAAUAAAAGAGAGAAUAAAAGAAAUAGUCAACUGAACGACAAGUGUUAAGAAAUUACUUCUAACAAUAUAGAUAAAUUAGGGUCUGCCAAUGUAGAUUACUUUUCUAUCUCACCUUGGUCUAAAUCGUGGUUGAAGUCACAAACACCCCCUUCCAUUAUCCCUAAGGCAAUGUAAAAACCGAUAUCAAUGGCUGAGUUUGGUCAGAACGGAUGAUAGGGAAUUUGACUCUUGCUCAUGAAGCAAGGACCUGGUUGUGCUCUUUUCUUACGUCGUGGUCUCGAGCCAAAUAUCUUCCCGCCUGGCCCUCUCACUCAGUCAAAAACUCGUAGAAUUAACAUUAACGUGGUGUCCUCAAAUGUAAACCAUCCAGCAGCGAAAACUCAGGGUUGAGGUGAUCUCUUCAUAUUCCCCAUUCAUUUUGCUUUACAAAGCGAACGCACUUUUCUCUACUUUUUUGAAAAAGGAUUAACUCGUGCAGAGUAAGUAGAGAUUGAGAGACUAUUGUAUUUCGUAACGCUUUUUGUUUCCCUUUUCCUAUCUUUACUUUUGUUUUUGUUGAAUACAGAUGUCCACGCAUUAUCAUUUCUCAUUCUUAUCCUUAUCAAUGGGAGACAAACAAUUGUACAAAUAUUGACGUCGGCUACCGCAUUAACACCGGUUGCCACAGAGGUAAUAAAAAUAAUGGUGUGUGAUAAUGAGCUAUGAACGCUCUUCCUCGGCUGCAGUGACUCGUGAAGGAGCAAGAAUAACCAGAAAUUCAAGUAAGGUACCCCAUUUGGUGGCGGAAUUAAGCAGAUCGAGAGAGAUGAAAUUCUAGAACUUAGCUCCAUGUUUUUUAUUACAGAAAGUAUUUGAUAAUAAAGAGUUAUAAGGAAUAGUGGCUGGGGAUAAAUUUCCAAUUCAUAUAUUUAAGAAUUUAGUUGCAACGAGAUGCGGGAGAUUGCGCCAGUCACAUACGCAAAGUCAGUUUCAGGGCCUACUUGGAACAAAAACUUGAGCAAAAUUCCCUUCCCUUUCCCCCCUCCCCUCACCCCCUUACCUCAGAGUAAGAAUGAAAAUUCCUCUUUUGGGUGUAAGUAAGUGCAUGUUAAAUAUCACCUCUUUACCCUUCUUAAUCCACUUAUCUUGACUCCCUUUUUUUUUUUUUUUUUUUGUUUCACCAGUCUUCGACGAACAUGACGAUGCUGAAUGUGACUAUAAGUGGCAUUCGUCAAAAUGUAGGAGUAAAGGGCAACUUAUUUCAAUUGCAAAUUAACUCUAAUGUAUAGCUGGUUUAUAAAUGAUCUUUAACCGAAUUUCCUCUAAGGGGUCAAAGAUUUAAGAAUAUAUAAUCUACUUGUAGUGGGAGAAGCGGUGGUACGAUAACAAAACUGCAAGAGCCUGUUUUGCUCCGCUUUUGGUUAAAGAUCUCUACCUUCACAAUGAAAACCUGAAAAAGUUGAGAUCUACCUUUACAAUGCCUUUCUACCUCAUCUUACCUGACGAGAUGGAGGACCUAUUAUAGAUUAACGUUUGAGCCGGUGAAGCAUCAAACUUCGAUGGCAAAAUCGAAAAAAAACGAUUCAGAGACUGGCACUAUCUUUUCGCAACCCCCACUUAUUUCAUUCAAACGUGACAAAAACAUAGGCAACUUUUUAGUCAGGAGUUCAUUUCAAACCAAUGACCAAUCUGGAACUUUUUUGAUCACUUUACGUGUACCUCCGCCAAUGUUAUUUACUGCAUAACUUACACUUAUUACAAUAAGUUAGACAUCGGCGAAACAGGAAGACGACUGGGUAACCGAUUCCGAGAACACCUUCGCGAUGUGGAAAGAAAUGACAAGGACGCAUCCAAACCAGUCGCUAGACACUUUAAUCUUCCUUAUCAUUCUAAACAGCAUAUGAAAAAAAAUGUGAUUAGUGAUAUGAAAAAGUGAUUAGUCACUGUCCUCGUUUGCGAAAAAAUUAUGAUUUACAUCUUAAAUGAUUUACGAAACAGUUAUGCAUAGCAAGGAAGUAUAAUGUAGUACUACUUGUGAAGGUUAACUUCAUAUAACAAGGAAUCAACGCGCUAUAACACGUAACUGUCUGUAAAUACAGUAAAAGUAGUAAUGAGACAAAAUAAAUUUCCCUUGCAACCUUUUUCAAAACGUACUAUGAUUUCUCCUACAUUUGUAUAUCCCUUGGGGUAUAAAUCACCCACAGCGGAUAUAAUCCAAAUCCAAAUUAAACCUUCUCUGCCGAAGCCCGCAUUGUAUGAUGUCAAGGUCCUCCUGGUGCAUGAAGCUCCGCACCUCGGACAGAGGGUUUAGUUUUUUUUAUCAUUAAUGCUGAGAGGGUUUCACCAGAUGCCUUUCGGGAUCAGACGGUUAAUCAACAAGAUCGCGUUAGCUUUGAAAUUGUGUGCUUUAUGUAACUGCGCAUACAGCCACGUACGAAGCUACGCCUCUACCGAAUCACUUCCUGUAAAAACAGUCUGUCGUGAUGUCUCUUGUACAGUUUACUGCCAGCAGCAAUGUAAACAACACAUUUAUUCUAAGUAAGUAAACCAAGUUAUCUUGAAAAAAAAAACAACAACAACAAUUUUUCAACCAAUAUGAAAGUGCUCUAUGCUUUCGGGCAGAUCACAAAUCGGUUACUUCCGUUUUACUCAAUUCAUUUUUGUCAUGAGAUCUCCAGCCAUCUGUUGCUGAGACAAGUCAUUCAAAUAAAUUAUGUUUGCAUCGUCAUGUAUCAGAUUACUAUGGUUUAUUCAUUUUUAAUUACCUGAUACCCACGCCUUGCUUCGCAAAAUAUCUGAAAAAAAACCUCUUUCUGCAAAUCACAAGUUAGAUUGCUGUCAAGUCUAUUUGUGUUAAAGUUUUUGUACGAUUACAUCCAAAAAGCAACUAAUUCAGCUUCCUAAAUGGCAGAUAAACGAUAAGUUAUUGACUAAUUGGGGCUUUCGUAAUAUCUUAGUUGUUCGCUAAAACCUGGAAAUUCAUCUCAUUUUUGUGAUGUGAUCAAUUUCCAGGUAAUUGAUUGUGUGAAUCAGCUUCGUUUCCCUAUUUUUGUCAUUUUAUGCUCAGCAAAGAUCGGAAAAUGUGGUCCUUCGACUUACCCAAUAAGCGGCCACCACUUAUCUGUUCAUGUGAUGUCCGCUAUGAUUGUCUCUAGUCUUUUUGAGUGUUUGGCCACGGGUGUAACUAAGAUCCGCUGCAAAAGUUUGAACUUUCGUUUUAAAGAUAUGUCACAUGACUUAAAUGACGCAGGAACACAUGCCCACCCAAAGGAUUAUGGACCAAAAGCAGGAUUUAUCUACAAGGAUGUGUCUGAAUCACCUAAGAUUUGUCUUUUUAAUAUAUUCCCAAUUUUGAAAUGAACUCCCAAUGCUAAAAGUUAUAGUGCAAUGACUUACUUCUGUUUAUCUCUCUCUAUUUUGAAAAAUGAAUAUGUUAAGAUUAAGAUGAAAAUUUGACGCUUGACAAAAAAAAAAAAAAAAAAAAAAAAAAACGAUAAUUUUCAUUUUCAUUUUUUUUUCUUUUUUCUUUUCCAAAUCGAGAA